UGCCUCUCUCCCUCCCUCCGGCCAUCUGCUUCCUCCCAUGUUUUGCAUGCACGAGCACGACUCCGUUGGGAAGAUGACUGAGCGAUGAUCCAAAGAUCAAAUGAUUGCACGCGAAGACACAGUUCUGUCAGUGUUCCCCUGUUUCACCUGACAAAAAUCAGCUAAACCACAGGCCGGCCGUGUGUCAUUACGAUUCAUUCACCAAUCACCAUGCUCUCUUAGCAGAUGCAUUGGGCUCCAUACCAAAAGGCUGAAAAAUUUCGUGACAGAAAAUAAUAUUUAUUUAUUUAUUUAUUGUGAAAGAUAAACAGAAUUGAAUGACAAUUAGAUUCAACCGGUAAUCACGUGGACGAUGCAUGGAAUCUUGCAUGUGCUGUGUGGCCUGGCCUUUUUCGCUCACGAAAAGGAAAGCUGGGUCAAAAGAAAAAGGCAAGGCGGAGAGUAUCUUGCCAUGUGAUGACUGAUGAGAAUGAAAAAAAAAACACUUUGGAUCUGUUUCGACUUUCGAUCACAAGCAUCGCAAACACUUUGGUAAAAAUUUCGCCGCGUCAGGAAUAGCAAAGCAUAUCCCCCCCUAGGCCUGCCGGCUUUGGAAACCGCCUCGCGCUUUCCUCCUACCUUCCUUCCUUCCCGUUCCAGUCCAGCACGCCGCGCCGCUCCACGUCGUCGUCGCCGCGGAUCGUCUUCCACCUCUCCCUCUCUCUCCACCCGCACCUUUCCCCGCCAGUAUAUAUAACCAACCCAAGCUCAGGUCACCCCAGAGAUUAGAAAAUUUCGCCGCAACAACACACACACCAGAGCCGGCCGCUAAUAUACCGCACGCGGCGGCGCACCGCGAGCGCCAACACCGAGGUAGGUAGAAGGGGGGGGGGGGGGGGGGCACGAGAGGGGUGGAGCCGAGCGAGUCGGCCAGCCAAGGACCUCCACCGUCGCUGCCCGCAAGCAGCAGAAGAGGAGGGAGAAGAGCCAGCCAGCCCAGGACCGAGGUAGCCAAGGACGAUGCUUCCGGGCGUGGAGCUCGCGCGGCGGCGGCGCGUGCACUACCACCGCGACGUGGCGCCGUCGUCGUCGUCGUCGGCGGCGGCGGUGGGCGCUGGGGAGCACCACUACUACGCGCACGCCCACCACGCGGCGACCACCACGGGCGUCGUGCCGGGGCCCGCGCUCGCGGCGCGCAUCCGGCUCGAGGAGAAGCUGCGUGGCGCCGCGCUGCCGCCGUCGACCUCGACCUCGACCUCGCCGUCCAGGUGGAGCAGGCUGAUGCGCGACGGCAGAUCGACCCCGAGGCAGCCUCAGAGUCAGAGUCAGAGCACCAGGCGGCGAGACGACCAGCUGGACGCCGUCCCGGCGACCAGCGCCGAGCCGGAGCCCAGGCGGGCGGUGGCGCGUCCCGGCCCAGCGGCCGUGCUGCAGGCAGCGGCGGAUACGGCGGCGUCGACGACGACGCGGCAGCGGCGGCGGCGGGCGGAGCUGACGCGGACGCUGUCCAAGGUGGACGUGUGCGCGGUGUGCCUGGACGAGGUCCGGGACCGGGAGGACCGGCGGGUGACGCGGCUGCCGUGCUCCCACAAGUACCACUCCGAGUGCGUCCUCCCGUGGCUCGCCAUCCACCCGGACUGCCCCUGCUGCCGCGCGCUCGUGCCGUCCGCCGACACGCUCGUCCACCAACUCUAAGCUGUUGUUGUUGGCGGUGGCCUGUCGCUGCUGCUGCUGCCCCCCUCGCGGUCGUCGCGGCUGGUGCCGCCGUGCCGAUCCACAUCCACGCCAUGGGUCUCUCGUCGAUCUGUUGUUUUCCGCUUGUUUUUCACGAAUGUGUUUGUUUGUAGUAUGUGUUUGGUACUGGUACUAGUAGGCCGCAGCUAGCUGCAAACCUGCUUGUAGCAUAGACAAGAGUUUUUUUUUUUUUUUGUUAAUAGAUGGCUUGGUAGCUAGUAGCUAGUAGCAUAGAGCAUAGGGACUGUGUAGACGAGCUCUAGACAUCUGGCGCUGUGUUGUGUUUUGUACUAUUCAAAUCAGGAAAUCCAUGUGAAUUGCACGAGCUGUGGUAAGUGAUAUGGUUGAAAUUUUGCAUACGCGGAAAAAGGUUUCACGA